GACAAGCAUGCACACUAAACCAUCCUGACCCACACCAGCACCAGCCGCAUGCCUACAAAAUUUAACACCAUCUAGAGACAUCAUCUUGAGUGGUGCUACACCACACUGCUAUAUAUACUUCAGAGAAUAGUAGAUGAAAACUCAUGGUUGCACAGCACCUUCUGCUUCUCUAUACUCCUACUAUAGUAGUAACAUACAUACAUACCUCCAUGGACAGGUGCUUUCAGCUGGGAAAAUCUGCAGGCUCUGCGAUUCCAAGAUGGAGAAAUGUCUCUGAGGAGACGACGGCCCAAUGGAUCGGACAUGGGGAAAAGAGCACGGCCUUGGUCUCCAACUUCGGCGGUCAUGGUGGCUUCGCCGAGCUGAAGUACUUUCUCAGCUGUGCCGAUCAGGAGUUCCAGGAAGAUGCCAAGGGGAGCUCUGACAGCAGGUGCCUCCAUGAGAUGCUCGAGGAGGCCCAGUCCGACUCACCGGUUUCAUUCUACUCGCAUCUUGAUUCUAGCGAAGCAAGCGACAGCGAGCAGGCAGCUCUACAUGACAAAGGGAGGUCAGCAAAGAUUAUGCCUAUUGAUGCAGAUUUCUUGUCAAGUAAACUCCAUGAAAGAUCAUGCCACAACAAGAGUCUAACAUGGUGCACUUCUCCUGAGAAUGCAAUGAUAUAUGCUCCUGAAUCUCCACUUUACACUGUCGAUGACGCUGAGAUGCAACCAAACAACUUGCAAUUAAGCAGAUCACAAGGCUCACCGAACAAUCUGUCAACUUCAGUCUUCGAUCUGCACAAUGCAGACUCAUACGCUGUGUCCAACUAUUUUAACAAGGAUGACAUUUCUCCACAAUGCACACCCAGACAUGAUCUCAGGUGCUUCAGCAACUUCUCAACAAAAUUCAUCAAGAGAAGUGCUCUAUCCGACCUAGUGUCUCGAGGAAGCAUGAGUAGGAAAUUCAAACCUUUCUCAAACAGUGAUGACUGGAGCGAUGCUAGCUCGCGCAGCGGGAACAACAGUCAGGUUGAUUUUCUUGAAAGAUUCGAGAAGGCGGUAUCAAAACUAUUGGUUUCUGACGGGCUAGAAAGCUGCCUAGAUGCCAGCUCAGAAGUCACAACUAUAUGGCAGCUGCUGAGCCAUACAUCUGAAGUGAGACACAAACCGUCAGUAAGGCAAGACAUCCUUGAACAACUGUUUGAUAGCAUUUCAACAGACAAGAAGGAUAAAGUGAUCAGAGCAUCAGUCUACGUUCUAGUGCUUAUGAUAUCUGAAGAUAGGAAUGUAAUGAGAGACAUCAAGAAGAAAGACUACUAUUUAUCCAAUUUAGCCACUGUGUUGAAGAGAGAUGUGCAUGAAGCGGUCAUUCUGAUAUAUUUAUUGGAUCCUUCACCUUCUGAGAUAAAAAACUUGGAGCUGUUACCUUCACUUUUACACGUGGCCUGUAAUACUGCCACCCAAAAAUGGCCUACACUGCUUCCACUGACGCCAACAUCCGCAUCAAUAGCUCUCAUUGAGAUCUUGGUGACAGCAUUUGACUAUGUAACGAAUAAUGUUCACUUGGCCACAAUCAGCUCUCCUCCUAUUCUAUCUAAGCUUGUUGAUGUUGCAAAGAACAACAACUUGGAAGAAGGCAUGGCCCUGGCAGCUAUUCUCGUCAGGUGUGUGCGACUUAGCGGAAACUGUAAGAAGUUUCUGUCACAGGCUACUCCAGUGGAACCUUUCCUUCACCUUCUCAGAAGGAAAGAACAGCGUGUCAAGUACGCUGCGCUUGAAUACUUCCAUGAGAUUCUUCAGAUUCCUCGGUCCUCUGCAAUUUCUUUGCUACAAAAAAUAUGGCAGCUAGGAGGUAUUGCUAUUAUGCAUACAUUGGUGGCCUGCCUCCAUCAAACUGAACCUGAGCAACGGGUUUUAGCGGCUAAUCUUCUCCUUCAAUUGGAUAUGCUGGAAAAUCCAGAUGGAAGGAGUGUCUUCAAAGACGAAGCAGUGGAGGUCCUACUGGAAUCUCUAUCAUCUCAAGAAAAUUUCACUGCGCAAGCACUAGCAGCGUCUUUUCUGUCAAAUCUUGGAGGGACUCAUUCCUGGUCAGGAGAAUCCUACACUGCUGCAUGGCUAUCAAAGAAAGCAGGCCUCACCUCAAAAUCUCAUAGAAAUAUGAUCAGAAACAUCGACUGGCAGGAUGCUUGCCUUCAGGAUACAGAAAUAAGCUCAUGGAGCAACAAAUUUGCACGAGCAAUUAUAGGAAUAGGAGUGCCCUUUAUCAGUGCACUAGCCAAAGGAUUGCAAAGCAAGGUGAAGGGAACCUCACACGACUGCCUAGUAUGCGCCGCAUGGCUUGCAAGUGAGCUGGCUUCCCUUGGUGAAAAUGAUAUAAGAUAUUAUGCUUGUGAGAUCUUGUUACUUGACAUAGUGCACCACCUUCAUCCGGGAUGCGAGCUUGAUGAAAGGGUUCUAGCGUGCAUGUGUGUAUAUAACUACACCUCUGGAAAAGGUAAGCAAAAGUUGAUGAGCUUGUCAGAGGGUUCGCGAGAAUCCCUUAGGAGGCUUUCAUCAUUCACAUGGAUGGCUGAGGAGUUACUUCAAGUUACAGAUUACUACCUCCCUAGGAAACCACGUGUAUCAUGUGUACAUACACAAAUCCUAGAGAUUGGUCAACCUGGCAAUGGAGCAGUAACUGCUAUAACAUUCUUUAGAGGGCAGCUCUUUGUUGGUUACCUCAAUGGCACCAUCAGGGCAUGGGAUAUAAAAGGCCAGAGAGCAGUAAUCAUCAGAGAGGUUAAAGAGCACAAGAAAGCAGUCACGUGUUUUGCACUAUCAGAAACUGGACAAAAUCUCUUGAGCGGAUCAGCUGACAAAUCUAUUCGGGUAUGGAAAAUGGCACAGCGCAAGCUUGAGUGUGUCGAGGUAUUUCAAAUAAAAGAGGCUGUGCAGAAGUUUGAUAUUUACGGUGACAAAAUUAUUGUACUAACACAUAAAAACGUUCUGAAGUUCUCUUGUUCAGCAAGAAGCACCCAGACAUUUUACAAGAGCAAGCAUGUAAAAUCCCUAGCUCUUUCUCAGGGCAAAGCUUACCUCGGCUGCGGAGACUUGAGUAUACAGGAAUUAGAUGUAUCAGUAGAAUCGAAGAUUGAAAUAAGAGCGCCUACAAGAAGCUGGAGAAUCAGUAAGCAACCAAUUAACUCCAUAGUAGUAUAUAAUGAUUGGAUGUACUGUGCUGGUUCUCAAGUGGAAGGAUCUGCCAUGAAGGAUUGGAAAAAGCGAUGCAAGCCUACGAUGACAAUGUCAAUGCCAAAGGGAACAAAUGUAGAGGCAAUGGCAGUGGUGGAGGACUUCAUCUACCUGACCUGCAAUAAAAGCCCAAGUGUCAUUCAGAUAUGGUUGAGAGAGAAGCAGCAGAAAGUUGGAAGGCUGCCUGCAGGGAGCAAGAUAACGAGCCUCUUCACUGCAAAUGACAUCAUUUUCUGUGGAACUGAAACCGGGUUAAUCAAGGCAUGGAUCCCUUUGUGAAGGGCGCAGAAGAGGAGAGAUGAGCACAGACCAUGGAUCAACUUUGUAAAUGCAGAGCGUGUACAGAACACACAUGGAAAAUAAGGAAAGGACACCCCUUUGUUGUACAAGGCACCCUCCAGAAGAGACGGCACCGCAGAUAAUGUUUUCCUGCUUCGCAGUGACUAGUACAGUCGUACCUAAUGUAAAUAGUCUUCUUGUGAUUAUAUUUCUUCUUUGAGAGGAUAAUGUGCAUGUUCACCGUUAAAAAACGAUUGUGUGCC